CUCUGUAGUUUUUACCUGCGUUCACAUUCACGGGUAAAUCAUAGGUGAUCAUAGGGGUAAAACAGCUGUUCGUCGGGGAUGUGGUUAUUGUGGUUUGUGUCAUAUGUAAUAAUAAUUGGCUUGGCCAGCGUUGAAACUCGUUCGUCACUACCGUACUCACACGAUCAGUUGUCAACUUUUGGUCGUAAGUGAGUAAGGAUGUUGACUCGGUCCGAAACAAUUAUUGCCGUGCUGCACUACAUAAUGUAUAUUCGUUGUUGGUGACACACGCGACUACCUUGAUUACACAGAAUUCACAGGCGAUUAUCAUGGCUCAGUGCAAGUUGACCCCUAGCGAAUUCAUAUGCAACGCUUUUUCGCCGCAAAUCGGUGCUGUGUGCUCAACUGCGGCCGAUGCCGCCUGUCAAAAAAAUAAUUUAUCGUUCGUUGAACUGCUGCAACCGUUUUGUAAGCUGAACGUCGAAGGUCAUUUCAAAGAUCCACAAGGGAACACGACGAGUGUCAGGAACCUUCGACUUUUUAUACAAGAUGUGCAUGCACAGCCUCCAGAACCGAGUGUUGCCAGGAAGAUGUUGAACGAAGCAGUCAGUUCGGCUAUGUGCGAGCAUACGACCAAUGUUAAAAUCGGGACGACAGAGGUCGAUAUACCAGUAUCGGUGCCUUGGUUUGAGGCAUGGAGGGAAAUGUUCUUGAGCGUGCAAUUCCCGUCGGAUCACGAGUUCACCAAACAUUUUCUCGCUUGUAUGAUAGUAGUUUCCACGACGGAAGACAAUCCCUUAGAGAAAAUUCAAAAUAUGGGUGCACAGUUGAAUCAAAAUAUUCCCGGAAAAUUACCAAAAUGGUUUAAUAACAAUACACUCAGAUAUUACAUCUUGAUACACGAUACGUUGCAAGACGACAGGAACAAGGCUGAGAUAGUUUUCGCAGAAAUGAAAAAUAUAUAUGGCACUAACAAUUGUUUCCUCCUACAAAUGAACUCCAGACCACCCGGUCAAUCGGACGAUGACAAUACUCAUUUACCAGAUCCUUGGAGUCAAUUUUUAGUAAAACAUUCAGAGGUGUCUACGUCAGGUGGUAGCGAACAGAACAGUUCCCCUCGUACGCCCGCGGACACCAGUGGUGUCUCGUCGAUGCCGAACCAAGUUUCGACGGAGAAUGGUGACAAAACGAGUCAUGCUGGAACACCGAUAGCCCCACAGAACGUAGCGGGUCGUUUGAUUUCUCCGGACUCGCACGAUACUGUCGACACUGUCUCUUCCGCCGAGACGACGACGACGACGACGACGACGACGACGACGACGAUGCUCGCCGAGUCGACGAACGCGAACUUGGAAGUCGGACAGGAGGCCGUGUCCGUUACGAUCCAGCAUCCUUUGAGUCCGACAACAACGAACGCCGCUGCCGCCAACGACAAGACACAAAAUUCUACGCUGUUAUACGGGGUUAGAGGAUUGACCGCGGGUAUCGUCGGUAGCGAUGCUCCGAUAAACGCGAACGUUUGGGCGGACUCUCCUAGUUACACGACAGCGACGCAACAACGUCACGGUGCUAGAUUGUCCACGCAGGAUCUCGAGAGAUUACGAGCGUUGAUAACCGAGUUUUGUUUGAAAAGUCUAUUGCCGUACGUGGAGAAGCAGAUCGGUUUAUUGAACGACGUGAUCUCGAAUAAGAAAGGUGUCAGUAGAUCAUUGUUCAGCGCCACGAGACGAUGGUUCGGGACGAACAAACCUGGAAUACCAGGACCUGGUACGCCAUCGAACGCUGUAAUUUAUACGACAGAAUCGCCAGAAUUACAAUUGCGUCGGUUAGGUGACUUAUGUUUCAUGUUUGGUCACUAUUCGCUCGCUUACCAAACGUAUCAUAGUGCGAAGAGAGAUUUUGCAGCGGAUCAAGCUUGGCUUUAUUACGCAGGUGCUCUUGAAAUGGCCGCUUUGAGCGCGUUCAUGCAGGGUGAAACUAACAGGAAGACCAUCGAAUACAUGGACGAUGCAAUAUUAACUUAUUCGACCAGUUGCAAAAUGCCGCAGUUUGCGACGAGAGCGACGUUAUUCAGCGCUGAAUGUUUGAAAGGUAGAAGUUUGUACGGGGAAGCUGCCAAACAGUUGAUUCGUAUGACCAGCGAAGAUUCCGAUUUGCGUUCCGCGCUUCUGUUGGAACAAGCCGCUUACUGUUUCAUCGGCCCGAAAAUGAUGCGCAAGUACGCGUUUCAUGCCGUUCUCGCUGGUCACCGAUUCUCGAAAGCGGGCCAGAGAAAGCAUUCGUUGCGAUGUUACCAACAAGCGUACCAGGUAUACCAUGGUAGAGGUUGGUCGUUAGCCGAAGAUCAUAUACAUUUCACGAUUGGCAGACAAGCUGCGUCGUUGAAGCAAGUCAACGAAGCGGUAAAAGCAUUUGAAAAAUUGUUGAACGUUCACAGCAUGCAGCCGGCAACGCAGCAAGCAGCGUUUCUACGUGAAUUUUUACAUAUCCACAAUAUACUGUUACAGGAAGCUGUUCCGUCGACGGACGAUCGACAGCUGCUUCCUAUCUUGCCAUUACCACUGAUAGACAGCGGUAACAUCAAAGUACUGUACGGUCCUAUGGUUGAAUCGUGCCAAGACAAUAUUUUCGCGAGUCACGUUUCGUUCGACACCGCAGCCGAAGACUGCGACGAUGCGAGAUGGUCAAGAAUGGAGGAGAUGUUGAUCACGGAAGCUCAGGGAUCGCCUCCGAUGAUAUUCAAACCCACGAUCGCAUUGUAUUCGAAGACGAGCAACAAUACGUCGAAACCAAACGCUGUAUCGAACGAACCGGUCCACUUUUCUAUCGAAUUGUAUAAUCCGUUGCACAUCCCUUUGCCGGUAUCGAGCGUCGCUUUGUUAUGGUUGUUCACUUCGACCGAUGGACAAGUUACUACGAACGAAAUGAAAUCAUCAUCGUCGUCGGAGAAUUUAGAACGGAUGGUGGAGACGCAGGUGAUCGAGAAAUUGAUUUUACAACCGAAUUCCAAACAAAACGUAACGUUGCGUCUCGUACCGAGAGAAGUAGGCGAGUUAAAGAUAUUAGGUUUAAGCUACCAACUGUCUAAUCCGAUACAUGCGAUAGAUCCGCCGGUGGUUAACCCGACGAUAGCUAUCAGUGGGAAAAGAUUGUUUGAAAUUAGGGGGCCUAAAUUGAAGAAUGUUAAAGAGAAAGCUGGUGCAAAUUUGUACGGUGCAGAUUACAGAUUGGAGAUGAAUAUCACCGAAAGGGCUCCCUUCAUGCAGAUUUUCUUCAGUCAACUGCCUUCGGAAAUGUUAUGUGGUGAAAUUAAGAAGAUAGACAUUACAUUGAAGAACGUAGGCAAUUCACCGUUAUCGAACAUUUAUUUAACGUCUACGAAUAUGAAACCUCUUUCGUUAGGAGAUAAUCAAACGUCGACCACGGAAGAAGAAGUUUCAUUUUCAGAACGGACGAUGAAGAUGACGACGACGACGACGACGACGACGACGACGAAAAAGAGUACGAACAAGCAUAUAAUGAAAAUUCCACUACCUUCGAAUAGAUUAAACGUUGGAGAGACGUACGUGAGACCGUUUUGGAUUCAAGCGCCGUUCAACAAGGGAAAUCAUCGGAUAGAUUUGCUGUUUUAUUACGAGAACGUAGCAGAUACGCAGCAGCAACAGCAGAAAAUCGUGAUAAAACACCGACUUUGUAGACACUCUUGGAAGUUGACCGUGUCGGAUUCUCUACAGAUCAGUGCGUCUGCUUCGAGAAGCGUGCUGUGCACAAAACACGAUUCGCCUACGUUGAAUUUGAUAGUAUGCGUCAGGAACGCGAAUCAGCUUCACGAUCCAAUCGCGAACGAGAUCCUCCUGUCGAGAAUAUCGUUUCUCAGCGAUGGAUGGUCAGUGUUCAAUUCUUCUGUGUCGUCGUCGUCGUCGUCGUCGUCGAAGGACAUAAAAGUAAAACCUCAAGAAAUGUUGCAUUUAAUGCUAAAGUUGAGAAAGGACGAGAGCGAAUCGAGGCGAAUCUCCGAUGUAUCGUUAACGCAGGAGAAUGAUCCCGUGGAAUCGGAUUCGAAUUACCCGUACAUCAAUUUCAUAGAAAGAAAAGAUAUUCUGCCAUUGGACACGAGUGAAAACGCGGAAGCACAACAACAACAGCAACAGCAGCAACAGCAACAGCAGCAGCAGCAACGGUUGCUGCCACAAAACGGAACGGAACAGAAAUCAUUGUUCGCAACCAUGAAAUUAUGUUCGACGUUGAUUCUGAAUUGGAGGGCGAAACUGAUAGAGAACGGGGCGACCGUUACGAGACAAGCGAUCGGUCAACAUUAUCUCGAUAUCGAGCACUUGAACAAAACUUACAACCAUCCCGAACAAGUUCUGGUCGAAUCGAACGAAUACGUCGGCGGCGGAGGCGGCGGACGUUUGAAAGUCUUUGGGCCCGACAGAAACGUAUUCGACUCCUCGUCCGUGCUGACAGGUGUUGCUGCUGCUGGCAAAGAACAACUGUCGGAAACGAAUGAACUUCUCAAGAACGUGAUUUCGUUCUCGUUGAGCCACGAUAAACGAAUCACUCAUGACUUCGAUCGAAGUCGACUGUGUUUCGUUCCGGUAAUAAUGUACAUAAAGAAUCACUUAGGAUCGCAGAUCGACAUUAAAGUUAACACGAUAGGAACAAGCAGGUACAUAAUACGUGACAGCUACCUUCCGAACGUAAAGUCUCAGUUAUACUCCCCGCAAGCUUCCGCGUAUUACAGAUACGCGUGCCAUUCUGCGAUUUGUUCUCACAUAGAACCGUUAACGAGUAGUACUGUAAAGUUGCAAGCUGCCCUUCCAGCGCCCGGAACCUACGAUUUAGCGGCGCGUGUGCAAGUAUUUGUGAGAGUUGUAAAUACUAGGGAAUUCAUAUUGCAGAAAUGGAAAAUGGAGAGCAUAUGUAUCAUUAUCGGUGAUAGCAAAUAGUUUGACAAAUACAUACGUAUACACGUAGAGGUAUUAUAAUUGUUACUACUAUUACUACUACUACUACUACUACUACUACUACUACUACUACUACUAUUACUACUACUGUUGUUGUUAUUAUUAUUAUUAAUCAGUUAAUAUAAUUGAUACUUAAGGAAUAGCGUAACAACAUAAAUUUCAUUUGAAGAAUCAUUCCUUCGUACUAUGUAAAUAUGUAAUGUUUCAAACACAGUAAGUAAAACUACACUGUCUACAUAUAAUUUAUCGAUCACGACCGUGAUUA